UUAUGAUUUUUUUAAUACAAGUAUAAAAAUUUUACGUCUUCAGUAUUCGGUUCAAAAAGUGAUAUAUUAAUGUAGUUUUGUUAUUUUGAAUUGUGUAUAAUGAGUUCUUCACAAUCAUCGUCAUCGUUUUACGAACCACCAAGAAAACCUAUAGAUAAAAAAGUGUUUUAUCAUAAUAUAAAAAUGAAUAUGCAAGAAAUACAAAGAGUUGCACAUGAAGUUGACAAAAAUAUGAAAAAAGUGCGAGAAGAUGUAGAUAUUACAGCUACUUUAUUAAACGCGAUUGAAAUACACGCACAGCAAAAUAAAAAUUAAUAUUUUUCUUUAAUAUAGUUUUUGUAUAAUUUUUUACGAGAUUUAAAAGAAUAUUUUCGCGAUAAUAAACUUUACUAUUACAAUUACUUUUAUUACAAAGAAAAUCGAUGACUAACUAAUUAAAAAAAAAAAAAUGUAAUAUAUGACGGUAGAUCGAUUAAUUGUUUUGACAAGGGAAACAUUACAAAAACAAAAUUCAUUAUCUUCUAUUUGAACAAAAUAUGUAUUUAAAUAUUUUUUAUUUUUAUUAUAUAUUAUAAUUUUUUUAUUACAAAUUAAUUGAACAAUUUUCGUGAUCGAUGUAUUGAUCAGUUAAGAAUGAAAAUGCAAUCCGCGAGAUGUCGUCUUUAUUCCUCACGUUGUAUAUUACAUCAAAAAUUCAUGUUCAGAAUUCAUUUAAAAGAUAAAGAUAAAAGAUGGAAAAUAUUGAAAAUAUUAAUAGAUUAGAUGGAGAAGUCAUGGAUUAUGUGGACAGCAUGGUUGAUAACAACAAAGUUUCACAUUUAGAAAAAAAUUUAAGCAAACGACAAUUAAAAAGGGCGAAGAGAACGGAAAAAUGGUUGGAGCGAAAAAAUGAAAAAAGAAGAUUAGAACGAGCUAAAGCUAGAGAAAAGCGAGCAUUUGCUCGUGCAAAUAAUAUAGAUCUUGGCCCAUCUAGAAAAGCUUUAAAAAGAAGUACUAUGGCAGAGAGUAGUUGUAAGCUUACCGUUACAAUUGAUUUAUCAUUUGAUGAUUUAAUGAUAGACAAAGAUAUUGCAAAAUUGAUUAAGCAGAUAUUAAGGUGUUACACAUUAAAUAGAAGAGCAAUUGCACCUUUACAAUUUUCUUUAACAAGUUUUAAUGGCAAAUCUAAAAAGGAAAUGGAGAAGCACAAUGGAUAUGAGCACUGGGAUGUAAAAUUUGAAUUUGAUUCAUACACAAAUAUUUAUCCAAAAGAUAAAAUUAUAUAUCUCACAAGUGAAUCAGAAAAUGUAAUAGAUCGACUAGAUCACAGUUGUAUAUAUGUUAUAGGUGGCUUGGUUGAUCACAAUUGUCAUAAAGGUCUUUGUCAUAAGUUGGCAGUGGAAAAUGGAAUAAAACAUGGCCGUUUACCAUUAGAUAAAUUUCUUCUAAUGAAAGCUAGAAAAGUUUUAACCAUUGAUCAUGAUAUAUAUUUUUCAGUAUUUGAAAUCCUUCUUAGAAUAACAGAAGGUAAAACAUGGCAAGAAGCAUUUCUUCAAGUGUUGCCAGAACGUAAGAGAGCUCAACCUAUUACAUUUCCUCCAAAAAAAUCUGAAGAAUGUAAAACAAUCGAUGAUAUUAAAAUAGAAAAAGAUUGUGAUAAAGAUAUGUGUAAUAUAGAAAAUGUAUUCGAACAAGAAUAAAGUUAUAAAAGCUUGUAAUACUC